AUGGGGUUCUGUCCUGGCUACCGUACACCGGAAGAAUGCAUCAAAUGUCUCAACGAUUCCAGAGCUACUCUCACAAAGGACUGUCCAAACCAGAAAGAGGCAAUUCUGUGGAAUGCUGAUUGCACCUUGCGUUACUCUAACCGCUCCAUGUAUGGCCUCAUGGAGAACCAACCCACGGUGCUACUCUCUGUCACUUCGGAAGUAAGGGGUUCCGUUGAGCAAUUCAACAAAGCGCUGGAGAGCUUGAUGAGGAAGCUAACACGCAUAGCUGCGUCUGGUGACUCUCGUCGUAAGGAUGCUACAGGCAGUGAAAUGCUCCAGAUUUUCAAACCAUAUUCGGUUACACGCAGUGCUCGCCUGAUUUGUCUUCGGAAGAUUGCUCUAAGUGUUUGGAUGAAGCUAUCUCAAAAAUCCCAGAUUGCUGUCGGGGCAAGAGUGGGGGCAAUGUUUUGA